UCUCCCGCGAAAACAUGUUCGUCGCGCCGUUGGCCAUUCCGCCCCGUGGAAGUGAGUCUCCCGCCGAGAGUCUGAGCUGGUAUCGAAAAACAUGGAUCGCCAUCUUUCAGUACCCGGCCGUCGCGCUGCUGGCAUCCCUCGUAACCGACAUCACCCAAGCAGCCGGGGUCUACUGCAUGGAAAGCAGCAAGCCCUACUUUGCACAUUUAUGGAUCACGAUCUUCCUCAACCUGUCCCUCGUAUCGGCCGUGUUUUCGGUGCUCAAGUUUUACAAGAGCUUCAAGGUCCAGUUGAAGAACCACCAGCCUCUCGCCAAGCUGCUAGCCUUCAAGCUGAUUGUCGGCUUGUCAUUCCUCGAACGGAUCAUUUUCUUCGCGCUCGGAGCGACAGACGUCCUUAAGCCGAACGCACAGCUCACCUACGCGGACGUGAACAUUGGCAUCCCGACGAUGGUGAUCUGCAUCCAGAUGGUGCCCUUUGCCCUGUUCUUCCACUACGCGUACUCCGUCCGGCCGUAUGUCAUCCACAAGACGUUGCCGACGAUUGAGGCGAGCUCGAAUCCGGCGUAUGAGGCGGUGACGGAGCUGCGGUAUCGUGGGGGACCGCUGGGGGUCCGGGCUUGGGUGGCGAUGCUGGAUGUGAGGGAGAUCGCGGGUGCAAUUCGGUUUGCGUUGUCGAUGGUUCUUGGGGGUAAAGGAGUGGUGAGAGGGGAAGAGAUGGACAAGCUUGGAGAGCGGUGAUUUCUUUCCCUUAGGGGCGGGUUGGUUAUAUGCUUAGAUGGAACUGUGUCGAAAUGUGGGAUUCGGAUUCAUUUGAUUUGUGUUAUCGUUGGUUGGUAAGGCGUCGAUAGCGUUUGGGUAAAGUUUCGGCUCUUUUCGAGUGGAUUACAUCACUGCCUGAGGGCUGGAUCCUGUCUACGAUGUACAUGCAUGAUGACUCGCUCGUAGCACAAAAGAGA